GUAAUGUUAUCAUAUAUCACGCUACCUCGUAAAACCGACACUGAAAGCUGCCGGACAACAAAUCACAGGUCAAAAUUAUGAGUUCUUCGUAUUAUGUGAACGCGCUUUUUAGCAAAUAUACGGCGGGGGCUUCUCUCUUCCAAAAUGCCGAGCCGACUUCUUGCUCCUUUGCACCCAACUCGCAGAGAAGCGGCUACGGGCCGGGCGCCGGCGCCUUCGCCUCCACUGUGCCGGGCUUAUACAAUGUCAACAGCCCCCUCUAUCAGAGCCCCUUCGCGUCCGGCUAUGGCCUGGGAGCCGACGCCUACAACCUGCCCUGCGCCUCCUACGACCAAAACAUCCCCGGGCUCUGCAGUGACCUCGCCAAAGGCGCCUGCGACAAGGCGGACGAGGGCGUGCUUCACGGCCCGGCCGAAGCCAGUUUCCGCAUCUACCCCUGGAUGCGCAGUUCAGUCUUUCUUUCUAUCCCCCUCUUUUCUGUCCUCUAUCUCUUUCUUGACUCCAGCUCUCUCUCCCCUCCUUCCCUUCUUUCGGCCUGGCUUUCUUUCUCAAAGGCAAGGAGAAUUGAGACCUCCGGGAUCCCUCACUCAUCACUGUACCAGAGGCCAUUUCCAGAACGGGGCUGAAGCCAAUGGGACAGAGGGUGGGAAAGUCACAGGAAGGUCUUGUGGAUGGGGCUGCUGAUGAGGGUCGCCCACUAGCAAGGCUGGGGAGCAGCCAGGCUCGCCUUUGAAUGGCAAAAGCGCAGAGUCCCCCACUUGCCACACUCUAUAUUGACAAUUUCCCUUUGUCAGGGGGAAGCAGGACAUUGUGGAAACGUAGCCGGCUGGAAAGGCCAGUUGUAAAGUUGGAAUUCUGCCCUAAGGCUUCUCACAGAUGUUCUUGCUUGUCUGGCCCUGGGGCCUUCCGCUCACAAUUUCCCUCCCCCAGCUCAAUUGAGGGUGAUGAGGGUUGCACCUGGAUUUGGGCAAGGUGGAAGGUGCAGGUUCUUGGGCUGCUGGCCUGACUAAAGCACUCUUCUGUCCACAUCCUAGUCUGCUUGUCUGUUUUGUCUAUCUAUAUGUCCAAAUUUCUGUUCCUAGGACCCGACAGGAAGCGGGGACGCCAGACCUACACGCGCUACCAGACGCUGGAACUGGAGAAGGAAUUCCAUUUCAACCGCUACCUGACGCGGCGCCGCCGCAUCGAGAUCGCUCACGCGCUCUGCCUCACUGAGCGCCAGAUCAAGAUCUGGUUCCAGAAUCGGCGCAUGAAGUGGAAGAAAGAGCAUAAAGAUGAGAGCCAGGCUCCCACUGCAGCCCCGGAAGACGCGGUGCCCUCCGUUUCCACAGCUGCUGACAAGGCGGACGAGGAGGAAGAGGAGGAAGAGGAGGAAGAAGAGGAGGAAGAGGAGUAAAGGGCCAGGCACAGGACCCUGGCUGCACAGGACAGUUGGAAAAGCGUCUUUAAGAGACUCAUUGAUUUUAGUUACAAAAAUGGGGGGAAAUAAAGUGUAAAAAAAAAAAAGAAAGAAAGAAAGAAAAAAGAAAGAGAAAAAAGAAAGGGAAAGAAAAAAAGAGGGAAUCAGUUCCUACCCUCAUUCCAUUCAAUCACCCACUUUAGCUCCCAGGGAAAUUAGGUCACCUUGGGGACCCUCUCUGCCUCUGAGGAACCCAGUAGAUACCCACAACCCUGGGCCAGUGUUGUGCGCAGGCACAGCCAAAAUACUACCUAGCACAGGCCUCUUUGAGAGGCACUCCCAAACUACCUAUGGGCCCAGCCCCAGUGGGCCACCAUUCCUAAGAAGCCUCCUUCAUGUCCCAACACUGGCAGACACCCAGCACCUGCCCCACCCCCAUCACACACCCGGCCAAUACCUGCAAACCAUGAUCAAUACUACCUACUACUAGCCCUAAACUACCUAUUGUGUGCUGGCUAGCUCACCUGCUUCUCGGUGCCCAUCCCUCCCAGGCUGGACCUUGAUGCUUCUAACUGAUAGUCUUUGGGGUCACCAAGGCUUCACUGACAAGGCAAUGAGGUUCAGGGACCAGGGUAUUGGCUUCUAUUUAAAUUGAAAAAUAAUAUAUUUAUUCCAAAGCAUACCAAGUGCUGUAACCUAGAAUCCCUCUUUCUCUGGCUUUGACACAAGGUCAGGGCCAUUAACCCUACUUCAGGAGGGGAGCAUUCCCGAGCUGGCUGCCAUCCUCUGGAAUAGCUCUGGGUUUUGUUUUUGUGGGACUAAGGAGAUGUUCCCAGACUCACUGUCCUCUCCCCCUUGCUUUUGUGUCCUACUGUUCAGCCAUGUCAAAUAUGUAUACCCUGACUUUUCCUACAAGGACAAAUACUGUAUAUUUGAACCAGAUUUUUUUUGUGUUGUUGUCAUUUCUAUAAUCUUGGAGCUCAUUUGUAAAGGAAUGUCUUGACUUUGGAAGGAUGUUUUAAUGGGGUGACUUUGUAGCAUGGUGUGUUGUAUUGAACUAAUUCUGUAGUGGGUGGGGGAAGUCCAGCACCCACCGGGGCCAUCAUCUCCCUUGUCUCCUCAUGUCCCGUCCCACCCCCCAGCCUGGGGUUCAGAGAAGGCACGCUUCCCAGCCCAGCUACCUGUGUUUUAUGUAACAAUAAAGAUGCUUGGUGACAAAGAAA